UAAAGAAAAAUGAAGAAGUGCAAUAAUGCAGUUAAUUUCUCUGUUUCCAUCUUUGUUUCCAUUUUGAAAGGUGGAAGUUAAGACGGAAAAAAGAAUGACAUUUUAAAUAUUAAAAAUUAAUUACACUAGAAAAAUAAUAGAACGAGCUACUUGACAUAUGGAAGGAGAGAAUUUUCAAAUAGUUUUUUUUGAUAUAUAUUCUAAUUAUUUUCUUUUCCAAAUUAUAAAGCAUUCUAUAUGUUAACGUCUUUAAAAUUAGUGUUUCUGGCGAAGUUAAUACCAGUAGGGCAGUGGGCAGCAACUGAGGCUCUCUUGGCGGCUUCGACGGUGGAAAACUUACAGAAACUACAUACGAGAAUCCAUUAUUCCGAUCGGUUUCCAAAUUUUUCUUUGGGAAGAAUUGUCGCAAAUGUCAGUAAGAUGCUUCAUGUGAUGAAGUCAAGUUGCAGGGCUGCUGUAUAUUUCCCUUCUGCUUUGUAUCUCUUGUUUCAUGGUGCUAAUCACAACAUCUUUGGGGUCUGUAAAUGCACACUUAAUUCCAAUUACCAGUCUUUUAGAACAUUUGUCUCCUCUCCAUGGAACUCAAAUGCAGAACCUAUUGUGCUAGGACUUCAGAAUAAAUGCAUCUUCAACAUCAAGUUGUUAUCAACAAUGUCCGAAAGAAUCUUGGUUCAGGCUCGAGAUCCUGCAAAACUAAGUAUGGACAUACAAACUGCCAUUGAAGAGCAUAGAUUGAAUGAUACGUGGAAGUUAUACCAACAGCAUAUGCAGAUGGAAGGGUUUCCUAGAAAAUCCGUUGUUAAUAAACUAUUAACAGGUUUUGCACAAAGUCUUGAAAUUCAAUGGCUUGAGAAGGCCUAUGAUUUGGUAGAACAGGCAUUUGCAGAAGGAAAACAGAACUUGUUAGAGAAGGACCCUCUAAUCUAUUUGUCUUUUAGUCUUGCAAAAUCUGGGCUACCAGUUCCAGCAUCAACUAUUCUGAGAAAGUUGAUAAAAAUGGAACAGUUUCUCCCUGUUGCUGCCUGGUCUGCAAUAUUGGCCUACAUGUCACAAACUGGUCCUGGGGCUUACCUUGCUGCUGAAUUGAUUCUUGAAAUAGGCUACUUGUUUCAAGAUGGCAGGGUGGAUCCACGUAAAAAAUGUAAUGCCCCUUUAAUUGCUAUGAAGCCCAAUUCUACUACUUUUAACAUUGCUUUGGCCGGGUGUGUCUUGUUUGGGACAACUAGAAAGGCAGAAGAACUCCUUGAUAUGAUGCCUAGAAUUGGUGUCAAAGUAGAUACCAACUUAUUGAUGGUAAUGGUACAUAUACAUGAAAGAAAUGGGCGGAGAGAAGAAUUAAAGAAAUUACAGAGACACAUAGAUGAAGCCUAUAACCUGAGUGAUGUUCAGUUUCGACAGUUUUAUAGUUGCUUACUUACAUGUCACCUGAAAUUUGGAGAUCUAGAGUCUGCAUCUAACAUGGUUUUGGAUAUGCUCAGGAAAGCAAACAUAGCUAAAAAUGCACUUGGUACAGCUAACUUAGUAUGUGAUACUUCUGAAAAUUACAUUAGACCAUCAUCUGGACUAGGUUCUGGGAAAAACUUUAUCUGCCAAAAUGAUGGAUUAGACGAUAAGGUGUCAAAUGGGAAGUCCAUUUCUUAUGAAGAUUUUGUUAUGGAUCGAAAUUUUUUGAGACUUGGUAGUGAAGUGAAGGAAAUUCUUUGCACCUUGCUUACGAAGCUGCAAUUGCAAGUUGAAUUGGUUACAACUGAACGUGGUAUUCUCCAACCAACUGAAACUAUUCUUGUGAAACUAGUUAGGGCUUUUCUAGAAGCUGGUAAGAUCAAAGAUUUAGCUCAGUUUCUUAUCAAGGCAGAGAAGGAAGUGUCACCAGUAUCUAAUGAUGAUUCAGUGUUAGUUCAUGUCAUUAAUGCAUGCAUUUCACUUGGGUGGUUAGAUCAAGCACACGACCUUCUUGAUGAGAUGCAUCUGGCUGGUGUUGGAACUAGUUCUUCAGUAUAUAGUUCUCUCUUAAAGGCUUAUUGUAAAACUAAUCAGACUGGUGAGGUUGCAUCUCUUUUGCGAGAUGCUCGUAAGGCUGGAAUACAGCUGGACUCUAGCUGUUAUGAUGCAUUGAUCAACUCUAGAGUGCUUCAGAAUGACAACAAAGGGGCACUCAGGCUUUUUCAGGAGAUGAAAGAAGCUAAAAUACCAAGAUCUGGACAUCGAGAAUUUGAAAGAUUGGUUGAGAAUAGUGCAGAGAACGGUGAAGCUGGAUUGAUGGCAAAACUCUUACAAGAAAUAAAAGAUGGGCAAAGAGUGGAUUAUGGGCUUCAUGACUGGAACAACGUUAUACAUUUCUUCUGUAAGAAGAAACUGAUGCAAGAUGCUGAGAAGGCUCUGAAGAAAAUGAGAAGCCUUGGACAUUGUCCGAAUGCUCAAACUUUCCAUUCUAUGGUAACCGGGUAUGCUGCCAUUGGUGGAAAAUAUGUAGAAGUAACAGAAUUGUGGGGGGAAAUGAAAAGUAUUGCAUCAGCUUCAUUCUUGAAGUUCGAUCAAGAACUCCUUGAUUCUGUGCUCUAUACAUUUGUGAGGGGUGGGUUUUUUGCUAGAGCAAAUGAAGUUGUGGAGAUGAUGGAGAAAGAUAACAUGUUCAUUGACAAGUACAAAUACAGAACUCUGUUCUUAAAGUACCAUAAAACACUUUACAAGGGCAAGGCUCCCAAGUUCCAAACAGAAGCGCAACUAAGGAAGAGAGAAUCAGCCCUGACUUUUAAGAAGUGGGUUGGUUUGUAUUGAUUUACUUAAAGUAUGCAUCUCUUCCGUUAAAUGCCCUUGCAUCAUGCUCAAGUUUUAACAAUACUGAUGCACUCAACAAUUUCAACAAUACUGAUGCACUCAACAAUUUCUUGUUGACGUCAUUCAACCUCACACUUUACAAGGGCAAGGCAUCCAAUUACAUGAUUGGAUUAAUCCUCUCAGCUAUCUUGAUGUAUCUACCUCCAAGAAGCUCAUUGUAUCAAUGAAAAAGCUCUGAAGACAUCCAAUGUGGAGGUGGCAGGGCAAGAUUGAGCUUGGCAGGUAUUCUGACUUUGGAGUUGCUGGAGACCAAGCAGUCUUGUGAGGAACUGAUCGUCAAAUUUCUCAAGGAAUUUUACUGCUGUAAUAAAGUAGAUUGAUGAAAAGACAACAUCUUCUUGUAUGGGCAAAGGUGGCAAAAUGCAGUUAUUUGAACCUUGAUGGUUCUCUUUCUCUGCCCCGCGACCAGAUGGUGAAACGAGAAAGUUCAGAGUCGAGAAAUUGAUACUCCGCUUUCAGCUUUGGCAAUGUUGUGAUUGUUGUCCAUCGAAUAUAUAAUUUCUGUUUAAUUUAUUCCACCUUCCUGCAUCAUCCUAUUGUUCCUCCACGGUGAAAAAGAAGGCUACAAGGGUACCUUAUCUUUGAUGGUUGAUUCCAUCAACCACAAUUUGGCUCCAACAAUUAUAUGCAUGCAGCCGCAACAAGCGCCCAUGAAGUUUUAGACUUGCUUUCUGAAAACAAAGGCACAGUCCCGGUGAGCUUGAGGACGACCCAACACAACUCUCUUGGAACAUGAUCCUGACAACGAUAAUCACUGUCCUUGAAUAUAGAAAAACAAGCUCCGUGUCAAAAGUGGUCAGUCCAGAUAUUGGUUGAGUAGAGGCUCAAUGAAUUUGUCUAGUGAUGAAUAUAUGACCUGAGGGAAUGUCGCAGAGCAGACGAGACCUACCUUGACUUGAGCGCGAUUCUCCUUUCACUUAGGAGAGAAAUCCAAGGUCAAAUCUAGAGAGAGAGCGAUCAAGUGGGGGCGCUGUUUUGAGUUCAAAAGAUGGAGAAUUUGUUGCAGUAGUGGAGGGGGAUGGAAUUGAUGAUUUUCUGUUGGUGUAAUUUUGAAGCGUGCGUUAAGAGUGUCAGAAUGGCCUCAGCAGCAGCAGCAGCAGCCAACAGCAGAAGCAGCCAGCAGCAGUGUCUGUGUUGUGUGUUAAUGGCUUUUGCUGAACCAAAAAACUUACAGUAGCGAGUGAAUUCCAAAGAAAAAAGAGAAAAAAAAAGGUGGCUGCUUUGAAUAUUUGAGCAUAAUCAAAGCCAAGGCCAACCAAUGUGUACUGUUGCAAAAUUUAAUUAUGAGGAAGUUGAAGCAAUUCAGUUAGUACUUAGGACAGAGUUGUGAUACUGCUGCUCUGCUUCCUCAGAACAACACCACCCUUAACCAUAAAAUACUAUUGCCAUUUAUUGGAUUU